AUCUUCGGUGAUAGGACUUCGACGACCUUUACUACGUCCCAGGCAGACAAAGUUGAAUAGUGUCCUGGAACGGACACAUGGAUGAAAGAGCAAUUUGCUGUUGACUCAUUGAAUCAUUAAAAAACAAUAGCUUCAAAUGAGUGCUACUUCAGAUUGAAUCAAUGAUGGCAAUAUAUUCUUGACCAACCCAUAGAUGGUUAGAUUUGGGAGCCAUCAUCCUCUGAAAGCCGUCCUGUUGUUCAGUGUUAUGUGAUUGAGAGUGCAAUGCGAGACUGACUCAUACUCAGGAGAACAUUGAUCUAAACAUAAGGUGUGUUCCACAUCAAAAUGGCCAAAUCUCCGAGUUUGGCCUCUCAAGAGACGGUGGAGACCACUACGGAAUUCGGGAAAGAUAAAAAGCCCGAUGAAGAAAUCGAAAUGGAGAUCAGAGACAUGGUUUCUCAAGAUGAGAAAGGCAAGACUAAUGGAAAUUCCACCCGUCCCCUUUUCACUCCGGACAAAAUGAACUUCAUCUUGGUUUGGAACAGCAAAACGGAGGUGGGAAAAUCAAGCGAAUCCUUUGAGCGACGCCGUGUGUUCGAAAGCAAUUUGGAGAAGGAGGGACUUCUCCUCGAAUACGAAGAACCUGAGGCCAAUGGUCUAAAUUUUGUCAAGGUUUUCGCUCCUCAGAACGUGCUGAAACGUUAUGCCGAGAUCCUCAAAUUGCGAUUGCCAAUGAGAAAGUUUGAACACAUCUCCGAAAUCCGGGUGGAUGAGGUCAAGAUCCCAAUUUUUUCGGAUGUGGUGAGCGGUCUGCAAUCGGGUUUGCAUAAAUUUGCCGAGCCCUUUAAAUACGACGAGAACAAGUUCAAGACUCGAGUCAAUGAGCUCACCGCCACUUUCUCACGAGAUAAGGAAUAUUUGUUCGAUGUUGACGCAGAUUUCUUUACGCCAAGUAUGCGAUCCAGAAUCAUCGAGUUCAUCUUGAAACGCAAACGCCUCACUGAAGAUGUGGAUGAUGAAUUCGCCUUUGGGAUCGAUAAAUGUUUGGCCGAUGGGAUCUACAUUGCGGCCUACCCUCUUCACGAUGGGUCCUUAAAACGCGAGGAGGGAAUGAGGUACAAGCUGUUUUCAGAGUGGGCCUCGUUCUCUAAAAUCUUCAAGCUUCAGCCACUGGAUGCUGUGCGAGACUACUUUGGAGUCAAGAUUGCUCUCUACUUUGCUUGGUUGGGUUUCUACACCACUUUGCUCAUCCCUCCUGCCAUAAUGGGACUGUUGGUGUUCCUCUAUGGGGUGGCUUCUAUGGGAAGAGAUAUCCCGAGCCAAGACAUAUGCACAAUGUCCGAUAUCAGGAUAUGUCCCGCUUGUGAUCAUUUCUGUGAUUACUGGAGUUUAGAUGAAACAUGUCUACACUCCAAGAUCAUGUACCUUUUUGACAACGAGACCACCGUGUUCUUCGCCAUCUUUAUGUCCUUUUGGGCUGCCCUAUUUCUGGAAUUUUGGAAGCGGUACUCAAGUGAAAUCGCUCACCGGUGGGACGUGACUGGUUACCGCCCCGAGGAGGAACACCCCCGGCCAGAGUACCUCGCCCAAUUGCGCAAUGUCAAGGAGCGCACCGUGAACUUCGUCACCCAAACCACAGAACCACGUGUCCCGUUUUGGAAGAUGAGGUUCCCGGGUAUUGUCCUUUCCGUGUCCACGGUGCUACUCAUGGUUCUAAUGGGCCUGGUGGCCGUGAUUGGCGUCAUUGUCUACAGAAUGUCUAUGGGAGCGGCUUUGAAUGCGUUCCACGAGGAAACUAUUAAAGGCCAUGCAAGCUUGUUCAUCUCUGUGACCGGUGCAACAAUUAAUCUGAUUUGCAUCCUGAUUUUCAACCAGAUUUAUGGCUAUGUGGCUGUGUGGCUCACUGACCUCGAAUUGAAUCGCACUCAAACCGAGUUUGACGACUCGCUCUCACUCAAAAUAUAUUUGUUGCAAUUUGUCAACUACUACGCCUCCAUUUUCUACAUUGCUUUCUUCAAGGGCAAAUUUGUGGGUUACCCAGGAGGAUAUAACAGAUUUUUAGGUCAUAGACAAGAAGAAUGUAGUCCAGGUGGAUGCUUCAUGGAGCUGUGUCUCCAAAUGGCGAUCAUCUUUGUUGGCAAGCAAUUCUUACUCUCUGUGGUGGAAUAUCAUUUGCCUAGAAUUUGGAAAAUCUUCAAUACGAUCAAGGUCAUAUCUGGUCUUCAAAAAGAAGACCAAACACGAUAUCCUCAGUGGGUUCAAGACUUCCGAUUAGUUGAGUUUGGACAGCAAGGCCUCUUCUAUGAAUAUCUGGAAAUGGUGAUCCAAUAUGGGUUCAUCACCAUUUUCGUUUCGGCCUUUCCUUUGGCUCCUCUAUUUGCCCUCGUGAACAAUGUUUUUGAGCUGCGACUGGAUGCCAAAAAGCUUCUAGUUCAUCAUCGUCGUCCUGUGGCACAACGAGUCAAAGACAUUGGAAUCUGGUUACAAAUCAUGGAGAGCCUCGGCAAAAUAUCCGUAGUUACGAAUGGUUUCAUAAUUGCUUUCACUUCGGAAUUCAUUCCCAAGAUGGCCUAUCGCAUUGGAUAUAGUCCCGAUGGUACCUUGCACGGGUACACCAACUUCACAUUGUCCGUUUUUGACCCGGAAGACUUUGAAUUUAGGAGUAAUCCUGCCCUGGCCCGGAACGACUCCAUGACACAUACCCCGGAGUUCUGUCGCUAUACGGAUUUCCGUUAUCCACCUGGACAUAGCAAAGAAUACAGGAUCAACGAGAUAUAUUGGCACAUUUUGGCCGCCCGAUUGGCGUUUGUGGUGGUGUUUCAGAACUUCGUGGCUUUAUCGUUAAUGGCCAUCAAAUGGGUAGUACCCAACAUGUCUACGGAGUUGAAAGAGCGUAUUCGAAGAGAGGCUUAUCUCACCAACGAAAUCAUCAUCCGAACUGAGCUUCUUAAGGCCAAAGGCGAAUUAGAUCUGAAUAUGGAGUAUGAGGAUGGCAAUGAGGAGCAAAGUCCUGAAGAAUCCAUUAGAUCCAAUGGUCGCCUUUUGCGACGUCGAAGCACAAGGAGGCAUGAAACUGGAGAUGUGACUGACGGCCAAAUUGUGGUAUAAGAUUUGGAUUACAUCGACAGGAGGCUUUUGAAAAGGAAAAUAGGACUACACUCAAGCGCAAAAUAUCUCAAUCAUUGGUGUUUAUUAGUGAGCCAAAUAUAACUCAAAUUUAUGCGACCGCAAAUGUGUGAUAUCCGUCAAAAUAAAGUGAUCGUCUACGCACAAA